AUGGCUCCAUCUGGUAGAAGAUCAACAAGAAGAAUAACAAGAAAACCUAGAGGAAGCCAGUACAAGAAGCUGCUUGACCGGUCCCAAAAUGAAGAAGCUUCUGUGGAUUUGGCUGCUAAGUCCUCCUCCACCACCACCACCACCACCACCGAUGGUGGUGUUGAUGUCACCACCAGUGGCUGCUCCACUCCUAAAGGCCAGCGAUUUCAGAUACCGGAGAUUUCAACAUGUCCUCCGGCACCAAAGAAGCAAAGAGUUCUUUCAAAUUGUUCAUUGAGAAGAACCCCCAUAGCCUUCUUUGCUCCUCCAGAUUUAGAGCUCUUCUUUUUCUUUGCUUUGCGCGAUGUUCCGAGACAUAGAGUUUGA